AUGUCCGUCACCGAACGAUACGGUGCUCCCUACCAGGAGCAAGACCAAAACGAAGUCAACGAACUCAUCAAAACCCUAAACGACGGUUCCAAACGUGGUAGAAAAGCUGCGUUCUCCUGCAGAAAAUCCGAGUAUGAGGUCGAAAACUCCAAGUUAUCCGUUCAUAGUUGGAAAUUCCAAGAUUGGGAUUAUAAAAAACGUGAUCUCCCAACCAAAGCUAGGGGAUUGUUCACGCUUAAGUCCGUUGGAGGGAAUAGUAUGAUUGUUACCAGAGGUUAUGAUAAGUUUUUCAAUAUCGAUGAGGUAGAACAGACGAAAUGGUCGUGGAUUGAAAAGAAUACCAAGGCUCCCUAUGAAGUUACCAUGAAGGAGAAUGGGUGUAUCAUUUUUAUUUCCGGAUUGCCGGAUGGUACUCUGUUAGUCUGCAGUAAGCACUCGACGGGUCCCAGAGGUGAUGCUUCGAAAUCCCACUCCUUAGUCGGAGAUUCGUGGGUUGAACAUCAAUUGAAGAGGAUAGGCAAGACGAGAAAUCAACUUGCCAAAUUCUUGUAUAAUGCGAAUGUCACGGCUGUGGCAGAGCUUUGUGAUGACUCUUUCGAAGAGCAUAUUUUAGCAUACGAAGGAGAUGACGCCGGGUUGUACCUUCAUGGUAUCAAUUUGAAUCUUCCGGUCUUUGCGACAUGGUCUGGACCGCAGGUGCAUGCUUUUGCGGACGAUUGGGGGUUUAAGAAGAUCGAAGUCUUUGAGAAGGAGACCGUUUCGGAAUUGAGGGAGUUUCUAGAAGGUGUAGGAGAAUCUGGAGAAUGGAACGGAAGAGCUGUUGAAGGGUUUGUCAUUCGAUGCAAGGCUCGGCACGGUCCCAAUGAUCCAGAGUGGCACGACUGGUUCUUCAAAUACAAGUUUGAGGAGCCUUACCUUAUGUACCGACAGUGGAGAGAGGUAACCAAGGCUAUUAUUUCAGGCAAACAACCCAAGGUCAGGAAACACAAGCAAAUCACUGAGAAAUACAUCGCAUACGCCAGAGAACAACUACGAAAGGAUCCAGCGAUCGGGAAGGCAUUCCAACUUAAUCACGGCAUUAUCGCGAUGAGAGACGGUUUCUUGGCUUCGAUCGGUACCUCCGGUCAUGAGAUUGUCAAGGCUGAGGAAGCUUCUGGGGAAGAUGGUAAAGCUAAAUCCGUCGUCUUGGUUCCUAUUGCCACCAUUGGAUGUGGAAAAACUACAGUUGCCCUCGGUUUGGUUAAGCUCUUCGGUUUUGGACAUGUCCAGAACGACAACAUCAGCGUCAAGAGAGGGAAACCAGAAGCUUUUGCUCAUGCAAUUCUUACCGCGCUAAACGAUCAUCCAAUCUGUAUCGCUGACAGGAAUAACCACCAAAAGCGCGAGCGUGAUCAGCUUUUCAGAGAUAUCAGCAAAAACAACCCAGAUGUCGAGUAUGUUGCUUUGCACUACGUCCACUACAAGCCGGGAGAAGAUGUUGUGUCGAAAAUCAGAGAGAAGAAUCAGCAGCGUAUUUUCGAUCGAGGAGACAACCAUCAGACUAUCCACUCCGGAACUGGUGACAAGCAAGAGAUAGUUGGCAUCAUGGAAGGAUUCAUCAAGCGAUUCCAGGCAUUGGACAUGGAUUCGGGUCCUGACAGCCAGUUCGAUCUAGUCAUCGAUCUUGACCCAUUAGCAGAAUCGAGGGAGAAUUUGGAGACGGUUGUUGCCAAAUUGCACGAACAUUACCCCUACUUGCUGGGUGAAGAGAUGCCGUCUGCUGAUGACCUCGACGAGGCUAAUCAAUGGGCUCUUUCCGACUACACAGUUGAUUUCAAGCAUGUUAUUGGGAAAUCCGGUCCUUCUCACCAGAAGCAGCCUCAAAAGGAGAAGGCGGUUGUUCAGCCCAAAGUUGGAGGAAAGCAAAAGCAACCUGCCGUCGAGUACUACGAAAUCCGUCUCCGGGCUCCCAUAAUCAAUGUCGCCCUCGAUCAAGCGUUUACAUCAAAACCGGCGGAAUUCAAGCAGUUCUACAUGCAAUUGAAGAACUCGCGACGAGUUCAGCCGACUUUCCAUAUCACCAUGGCCCACCGCAUUAACUUCAAGAAACAAGCCGAGUUGUGGGAUCAUUACGAGAAACUCCGACAGGAAACUCCACACGGUAAGGAUAUGGAUGAGUUGGAGGUUAAUCUUGAGAGGGUCGUUUGGGAUAAUAGGAUCAUGGCUAUCGUGGCAAGCUUGGUGGACGAUAAGGGACAUGAGUGCGGGAAUGAGAUUAUGCAUAUUACCAUUGGAACUGCGGAUGUAGGGGUUAAGCCGAAGGAGUCGAAUGACUUGUUGAAAGUUUGGAGUGAGAAUCGGGAUGAUCUGGAGGCUGUGGGGAUUAAAGAAGUUCUUUUGGGGAAAAACGGAGAAGGUAUCAGGACUCCGGGUUUGUUGAAUCCUGCGAUGGGAAGGUAA